AUGGCCACCAGUGCGGCUCGGCGCGAGAUUCUUGAGGGCGACUUGAUCAUUGUGUUUGCGUCCCGAGAUCGCACACCAACCCCUCUUGUGGUUCAGCGCGGCGAGAAACUUAUCAAUUUGUUUGGGAUGUUUCCUCACGAUGACAUGAUCGGUCGUCCGUACGGUAGCAAGCUUCACUCGUCCAACAAAAAAGGGUUUGUGUAUUUGCUGCGGCCCAGCCCGGAACUGUGGACCAUCUCUCUUCCCCAUCGUACCCAAAUUUUGUAUGCGCCCGACAUGUCCUUUAUCGUAAUGAAGCUCAACCUCUCGCCGGGUGCCCACGUCAUUGAGGCCGGAACAGGCAGUGGCAGCUUUACGCACUUCCUAGCACGUACUGUCAGUCGUGGACCACCUGCUGGCGGCGGCACAGGCCAGACGCACUGCACUUGGCCCACCCGUACCAGUGCCUUGACGCCUAUGGUCGGCCAGGCGCAGGCCUCUGACUUUGAUGGGCGUGUCUAUUCGUUCGAAUUCCAUGCAGAGCGCGUGGAAAAAGCCCGUGUCGAGUUUGCCGAACAUGGUCUCGACAAGGCUGUCGUUCUCGCCCAUCGCAAUGUGUGCAAAAGUGGAUUCGGCCUCGACCCUACAUGUGAUGCCGUUUUUCUCGAUCUGCCUGCUCCGUGGGAAGCUGUGCCGCAUGCCAAGAUGGCCCUUCGCACCGACAUUGCUACACGAAUUUGCUGCUUUUCGCCGUGUAUUGAGCAGGUACACCGCACGGUGGCUGCGCUUUCCGAGCAUGGGUUUAGUGAUAUCACUAUGUACGAAAGUUUGGUCCGCACGCAUGAAUCACUUACAAAUGUGGCACCGCUCGAGCCUAUUUCAGAAGUCGUUGAGCGUAUUCAGCAGACGGAGUCGAAGCGCGAGCUUCGCCGGCAGUUGCAGAUCCAGCAGUCCAAGCUCGAGCGCGAACGCCGACAGGCGGAAAAAGAGGCCCAGACCCAAGGGGCAGCAAGCGCGACCAAUGAUCGUCCCGAAGAGCAUGCUGUUGCUGCAUCAAAUAAGGAUGACGGUGAAGCGAAUGCCAACCCUUUUGAGUCUGUUCCUGCGAAACGAAAAGCGACAGUCGAUGACGACACAUGCCUCCCACCAACAGGCUCGACCGUAUCUGAACCACCUGCCGAGAUGCUCUACAGCAGUGGCUUCCGCCAAAAGGUCGAGCGCCGGCCGGUUCAGCAGGCCAAUGUGUAUUCCCGCCCUUAUCCGCACAUGCGUGGUCACACAAGUUAUCUGACAUUUGCUACAUUACUUCCGCGUAUCUAG